AACAAGUACACAAAAGAAAUAGACAUCUAAAAGAAUUCUGAAGGCGAAGGGCUGGAGGGGGGAGUUGGAGAAGCCAAUGGCAAAGAAAGUGGGUGGAGAUUCCAGCCGCUCUGAGCUUGGACUGUAGCCAUGGGGCUUUCCCAGUGUUGUGUCUAGAGCGCUUAAGCUCCGGUUGCCCGACGCUGAUGCACCGGACCCUUGGCGUGUGCAGGGGCGUUCUGUGUGCAAGACGGGGGAGCAGGCAUCUCCAAGCCAUGGCGGUGCAGAGCAACAGCAUCGGUGCCGGGCGUGAUGCAGGUUCCUCGGAUGGAUCCGUGACAGCCGGGAUCAUCGUUAUUGGAGAUGAGAUCUUGAAGGGAUACAUCCAAGACACAAAUUCGUUCUUCAUGUGCAAGAAACUUCGCUCACUAGGUGUGAAAGUGGCCAAGAUCUCCGUGGUCCCUGAUGAAGUGGAUGCCAUCGCCACCGAGAUCUCUUCUUUUUCCCGCAAGUUCACCUACGUCCUGACAUCGGGUGGGAUCGGCCCCACCCAUGACGAUGUCACUUUUGAGGCGGUGGCUCAGGCAUUUGGGGAGAAAGUCUUCCCCCACCCGGAGAUCGUUGACCUGGUGAAGAAGUUUUUUGCCAAGACAGACACCGAGUGUCCCGAGAUGAAACUGGCUCGUGUCCCCAAAUCCUCGCUCCUCAACUACGGCAUCGACAAGAAAGGCCACGUCUUCAAAUACCCCCUGAUAAGUGUCCGUAACGUCUACGUCUUCCCAGGCAUUCCAUCGUUGAUGGAGCGGGCCCUCGAGGGUCUCGGCCACCUCUUCCACAACGAGCAGACCCAGUUCCAUUCCCGGGAGAUCUAUGUGAACGUUGACGAGACCCAAAUUGCCCCCAUACUUGACCGUGCCUAUGGCCUCUUCAAACGUCACACGAGCCUAGGCUCCUACCCGGAUUGGGUCAACAACUACUUCCGUGUCAAACUCACCUUGGACUCUGAGUCGGAGAGUCACCUAAAGGAGGCCUACGCUUUCUUGAUGGAAAACCUGCCCGAGGGCACAGUGGUGCCUUUAGUAUCCGAUCCUGUCUCCCGAGCAGCCAUGGAUGUGUAUGCGCUUGCUGAGUCCGGUUCCCCUCUUGGCCAGAAGGUGGCAGCAGCGGUCCAGACCGUUGAGGAAGCCCUGGAUCGGUACCCCCUGUCGAAACUUUGCAUCGGGUUCAACGGUGGGAAAGACUGCACCGCCCUUUUGCAUCUCUUCCAUGCUGCUGUACAAAGGCGGUACCCAGAAAGGACGGAGAAGCUUUGGGCUCUGCAUAUUUGCACCGUCUCCCCGUUUCCCGAGAUGGAGCAGUUCAUCAAAGUCACGGCUGAGCGGUAUAACCUUCACGUCUGUGAGGUCCACGGGAACAUUAGGCAGGCCCUGGCCGACCUGAAGCUGCAGCAGCCGGAGCUGGAAGCUGUGCUGAUGGGCACCCGGCGGACAGACCCGUACUCCUGUACCUUGAUGCCCUUCCACAUGACCGACCCUGACUGGCCCCCGUACAUGCGUGUCAACCCUCUCCUGGAUUGGACAUACCGGGAUAUCUGGAAGUUCUUACGUACCCUGUAUCUCCCCUACUGCAUCCUUUAUGACAAAGGCUACACUUCGCUGGGCAGCAUGAGCAACACACAGAAGAACCCGGCCCUGCACUACACGGAUGCCCGCGGGCGGAAAUGCUACCGGCCAGCCUAUGAGCUGGAGAAAGAAGAGGAUGAACGCACCUCCCGCCAUUGAAGCCUUCAGGGUUGCCUGGCAACUCUUGGCCUGCUGGGGAGAGCUAACCUAGGCCCAAAGCCUUCCUAGAGUACGAUUUGGACUAGGCCAGGCCUGUUAUGCCUGAGGUGAAAUAUGUUAAUGCCCCUCCACGUACACAGACUGGAAUGCUAUCCAGCGGCCUGUGGGGCUGCCCCACAUGUUGACAGCAGGUAGGAAGGUGUGCACACCGCACUCUGCCUUAAUGAGGCAAGGGGGCCAAGUCAGUAAAUCCUGUUGAGUCAAGCUUCUCUAUUGCCUCGAUGGGUUUUGCACACCCUCAGCUAAGGUCUGGUCUAGGCAUUAGAUUCACUGCAUUUUUUAACACGCUGAGUUGGAUCCAAAUUAAAAUGUCCAGUGGCGAGGAGGAACUUUCCUGCCACCCUCCUCCCACCGCAGCCCACGGAUCUCCACACAUUGCCACUCCUGGGGCAUAGGGAAGGUGACCCUGAGGAAUGGCGUGGGGUGGCGCGGUGUGGAAAAUAGGAAACUGGUAGAAAUUUCCAGUUUAGUCCAGAUCAAACCCUCUGAAUGCCAUGGUUUUCUGUGGCCACAUGUAUUGCGUCCUGAGACUGAUGUUUUAAAACGCCUUUGUUUAAACUUUUC